AUGCCGUUAGUUUCUAUCUUUGAUCGAUCGUUAUCAACUUCAUCUUCAUUUAAACAAUCAACUAGUGUUCAUACAGCCCAGUCAUGCAUUCUUUCCGAUCAAAAUGUCAACGGCGCUGCCAAGGAAAAUGGCUGUGAAUCAUCCUUUGCUAAGCAUCAACCGCAGCAGCAGCAGCAACAACAUCAUCAUCAUCAACAUGCUAGUGAUCGUACUUUGACCGAUUUUUCAAAUAAUAAUAAUAAUAAUCAAAACAAUAACAGUUUCUCAAUGAGUACAGCGACAGCAUCAUGUUCGUCGUUUCAACCACAUGUUGUACCUGAAGAAUCAUAUUGUUCACCAUGGGAUUUGAAAACACAAGAAGAAAAAUUAAAAUUACUUAGUCAACAAAGAUCUGUAUCAUCAUCAAAUACUAUAACAACAUUAACUGAUGCUUUACUUCAUCCAUCUAAUACGAACAAUCGUUCGACAUCUUCAUCAUCGUCUUCUUUCAAUGUUAAUAAUAAUAAUAAUAAUAAUAAUAAUCCAUUUCAUCGAACUCGUUCAGCACGUACAACAUCAUCAACGAAAAAAUCGCUUACAAUUAGUGAACCAACACCACCUUUACUUCCUCCAUUGCCACCUGGCGGUUUAAUACCACCAACGCCUAAUCUUACAUGUCAAUGUGGUAGUAAUAACAAUACUCGAAAUCGAUCGCUUAACAAUACUAUUAAUAAUCAUCCAUUAAAUGAAACUCUUGAUCCAUCAUUAAAGAAAAUUUCCUAUUGUCUCAAUGCACAUGCUGUUCGAUCUGGUACUGAUACUUCACGUAGUUUUGUUUUUGCUGCUACAUCACCAACUAAUGAACGUUCACAAAGAGUUAAUACAGCACCAGCUAAAGUUGAUCUAUCUCAUUUAAUUGACAACCGACAAGAACCAUCUCAUAUAACUUCGCAAAAUAGUACAAUAUCUUCGUUAUCAACAACAUCAUCAUCAAAUGAAUCUCCAUCGAUAACAGACGAUUCGAAGCCUAUGUCAUUUGAAGCCGCUCUACAACGAUUUAAACGUUUAAGUUCAUCAACUCGAUCUAACAAUAAUAAUACAAGUGUUUCAGCAUCUUCAUUACCUAAACCACAGAUUACAACUAAUCAAGAAUCACCCACAGCUUAUGAACGACCAUGGGAUACAUUACAAACAUCUCUUAUCAAUAGUCUUUCAUCUCCACCAUCAUCAUCUAUACACAAUCGUAGUAGAGGUUCAUUACAAAAAACAUCAAGUGCAGAAGAAUCGAAGCAACAUUAUCCCCCAUUUCCAAUCGUUUCUCCUACUAUUACUACUUGCCGACAUAGCACAUGUUCACCAGAUGAGAAACAUAAUAGCAGUAAUGCAAAUACAGGAGAAAUCAAUAAGACAAACAGUCGUAACCUUGUUCCAUUAGCGUCGGAUAUUGAUACAGCAAUUCCAAUCGAUCGUUAUUUUUGGUAUCAUUAUGCAAUGUCAAGACGAGCAGCUGAAAGUAUUUUACAAACUCGUCCGCCUGGUAGUUUUCUUGUACGUCAAAGUGAAAGUGGAAAUCAAAAUGAUUAUUCACUUUCAAUUAAAACGCCAAGAAGCUGUAUGCAUAUGCGUAUAUGUUAUUCAACAGGUGUUUAUAUUCUGGGUGAAUGUUCCAGACCAUUUCCAAGUGUAUCACGUAUGCUUGAAUAUUUUAGUCAAACAUCUGUACCUAUCCGUGGUGCAGCACCUAUUAAAUUAGGUACACCUGUAUUUCGAUGUGAAAUAUUAUCAUCAUCAUCUUCACCACCUAAUAAUAAUCAUGAUUGUAAUGAAGCACAUGAAGAACUUCUGUAA